AUGACCACAGAAGCAGUUGACAGCGAGGACGACCAACCUCCCAGACACCCAAGGAAAAACGAAACCGGCAGGAACGUCACCAAUCAUAACCUGACAACAACUGAAGACACGCCAAUAUACGGAAAAAGUUGGCUAAGAGGAGUCAUGGAGCCAUUCAGCUGCCAGCCACUGCUCGACCGCUUCACACACCUGUUGGUGAAGACUGGUGCUCUGGAGGACUUCAGCAGGGCUUCAACUCCACUUGACAAGAUUAGCUACUGUUUAGAGGCGGAAAUGACGUAUGGAGCUGAUAUCAAAGUGAAAAUAAGGAAAGAAAUUGAUCAGCUUUUGGAGGCUCUAUAUCAGAAGUGCACAGAACAUGUGAAAUCAGAAUCUUUAGCUCUAGAAGCAAAAACAAAAGGAUCUAAGGCCUACCUUAAGAAGAAAGAUUUAGAAGCCCUCAAAGCCUAUACAGAAUGUCUUUGCUUGGCUCCAGCAAACUCAACUAUCAUUCCGUUAGCAUAUGCUAACCGCUCAGCUGUUCUUUAUCAGAUGGCAAAAUAUGAGGAAUGCCUUCAAGAUAUGGAGCGAGCGGAAAAGACAGGCUAUCCUGCUGCUAUCUUCCAUAAAUUGUUGACUCGUCGUUGCUCCUGCUAUUUAAACAUGCAGAACAAAGAGAAAAUUCAGCUGUCAUUGGAACACUGCCGUAGGCACAUAUGUAAAGUUCCCAUAGAAGCUAGAGAAAAAUUCAAAAAAUCUGUAGAAGAUUUAGAACAGAAAGCAUUAGGCAUUCUUGCUGGAUCUAAAAAUGUCCCAAGCAGUUACAGUGAUGUAGACUGUCCAGCACUUUUUAAUGGGGAAAACAAUACAGUGAAAUAUAUGAGCAGUUCAUUGGAAAUGAGAGUCAGCUAUGAGUUAGGUCGUCAUGUAAUAGCAAACCAGAAAAUCAGCAAGGGUUCUGUAGUAUUUGCUGAGAGACCAUAUGCUGCUAUACUCUUACCUGAGUAUCUCUACACACACUGUCAAACCUGCUUUUCUCCAGUAUCAAACCCUAUCCCCUGCUGUGAGUGUCGUGAUGUUGUGUAUUGUAGUGAGCUGUGCCAGAGUCAGGGCCAGGCCUUCCACCAGUAUGAAUGUGGCAUCCUCCAUAUCCUCUCAUCUGUUGGCAUUGCACAUCUGGCUGUCCGCAUCAUCCUGGUGACAGGGUGGAAACUCCACUGUGAUAUUAGGAAUGAAUCCUUGAAAGGGAGGGUGGCCGGAGUGGGAGACUCUGGUGUGUACAAUGGCCGGAAUUUGUCUGAUGGUUAUCGAGCCGUCUACCAUCUCUUGCCUCACUUUGACAAUUGUCUCCCAGAGGAUCAGCUACAGUAUUGCAUUGCUGCAAUAAUCCUAGCAAUAGCUAUCCUUGACAAGACAAGCUUCCUGAAACACAAUGAGGACAUGCAGAAGGAUUCAGCACCACUUGAUAUCCCACACUUGGCCUCUGCAAUCAUGAGACAUAUUGCGCAGCUUGUUUCCAAUGCCCAUGCUGUCACACAAAUCACAACUGAUUCCAAAAGUGCAGGCAGUAUGAUCCAGCAUGUGGCUCAAGCUAGAAUUGCUUCUGCCAUUUACCCGACUGCAAGCCUCAUGAAUCACUCGUGUAAACCCAACAUCAUCAACAGUUUCUACAAGGAUAAGCUGGUUAUUCGCACAAUUGAAGAUGUUGAGAAUGGCAACCAUAUAAGCAACUGCUAUGGUCCACAUUACUGUCGACAAACUCGGGAAGAGAGACAGCAGUCCUUGAGACAGCAGUACUUCUUUAAGUGUAGAUGUGAACCAUGUGUAAACCCGGAGUAUAUACGGAAAGAGGCAGCAUGGAGUGGUUUUCACUGUGAAGCAUGUGAUGGUGUUGCCACCUGGACUGGGGACAAGAAAAGUACCUUUGGUAUUAUUGAGGAAGAAGGUGUUCUGCUGUGUCUGCAGUGCCACAGGCUUGGAAGACCUUAUCAGCAUUUCAUUGAGACCUGUAGGCUAGUCAUCGCUCUCCAGGAACAGGCUGAAGAGGAUUUACUAAAAGGAGAUAAAUCUUCAGCCAUCACUGGUCUUAGGAAAGCAAUUGCUUGUGGCAGCAAAGUUUAUUUGGCAGAAAAUGAGUAUUUUGUGUCACUGCAAGAUACAUUGGCACGGUGUUUAGGUGAAGCAGGAGACUAUGAAGGCUGUUGCCAAGAACUAAGAAAGUGUCUGCAAGUCACAGAAUCUCGCUUUGGAGCAGAAAGCAUUGAGCUCGGACAUGAGUUGCUGAAAUAUUCAGAUGCUUUGGCACUGGCCUUGGCUGGUAAUAAAAGACAUGAAGAUUUACUUUCAAAAGUGAGAAGGAGAGUAGAUGAGAUCUUCACUCUGAAUUAUGGGCCUCAUUGGAAGAAGUAUAUGGGUACUGAACUGAAGAAUUAAGAUUAAUGUUAUUGCGUAACAAAUAAUCAAUGAAUAACUGUAAAUUACUUGGUUCAUUGUAAUAAAUCCUACAUAUUCUUCACACUAUCACUGGUUUAACGACUAGGCAAAAUCUUUACUACCCAUACCAUUGAAUGUAUAUGAUUAAUUCAAACAAGAUGAAUAAAAAACAUAAAAAU